AUCGGUACCACCUUCACCACCGUCUCCAGCAGCAGAAUUGUUGAUCUAUCAUCCUCUAAGCGAAGAACAAGGAGCUCAUGUGAGAUUAUAUUUGAGAAAUGUCUGGCAGUGUCUGUCGACGCCAUCACCUUUAUUAUUAUCGCUCGCCGCAGGAAUUAUGGGAGGUACAUUAGGAGCAUGGACGGGAUUGUUGGCGACAAUACUGGCACCAAUGAACUAUACAGAAAAACAGGCGGGUUGGGUGGGGUUUGGUAAUUAUUUGGCUACUAUGGCAGGUAGUUCAUUAAUGGGUGUUAUUGCUGAUCGAAGACGUUUUCAACAUAAAUUAAAAUUUUUAAUUCUUUUCUCGUUAAUAUGUUGUUUCCUCUGCAUUGCAUGGUUUCAGUUGGGUGUUCGAACCUUAUUUUACGAAGAACCUGUAUUAAAACUGUCUAUACCAACCAUCGCACUAUCAAUAUCAUUGACGGGUCUAUUCUUUGGAGCUGCCUCACCUUUGAUGUAUGAAUGUUUAGCAGAAAUUAUGUAUCCUCUGCCGGAGUCCUUAUCCGCUUCGAUCCUGGUUCAGUGGAGUAAUACAACCGCUUUGAUACUGAUAUCUAUUGCUCCUAGACGGUAUAAGUUAAUGAAUUUGUUAGUGUUAAUCAUGGCGGGCAUGGCUAUCGUCAUGGUAUGCUUUGUUAAGGUCACGUAUAAACGUAAAGAUGAAGACGAACGAAAAAUACUAGACCAAAAACAAUUAGGUGUUGACAGUCGAACAGGUUCAUUAUAA